CCGCACCGCUCGGGGAGAGCUGGUGAGCAAGAGUCUGGCCGGAGUUGGCUGGAGCUGUUGCCAUGACAAGCGUUUUCUUAAGAAAGCUCUGCUGUUGAGACCGUCCAAAGCUGGGGGUUGGGAGGGGGGCACGAACUUCCCGGGGGAACCGUCCCUCCGAAGAGAGCAAGAUCAGAGACACCCGCCCAGCUCCCCUGCACCCAUUUUCUUUCAGGAACCUGAGAGGUCCUUCCCACUGGAAGGGCCGGGGGAGGAGACCCAGCCCACUCCCCGGCCCUAGCUGGUGAGGCUAGAGAGCAAAGCCAGCAUCUCUAGCUUGGUUGCCACACUGGGGAGACCGGUGGCUGGUCACCCCACCCUACCCCCCGUCCAUGGAAACCUGGAGGGAGAGUCCCGCUUGGAGAAGACUGGAUCUUUGCUAGAAAGAGAGAGGCCCAGAGUCAUCGGUAUCCAGGGAGCCCUCCUCUUCCUCCUCCUCCUUCUGCAGCCUCUCUACUACUCCAGUUGCUGGUUGUUGCUAAGGUUGCCUCCAUGGUAACAUGCACAUCCUCUUUACACCUUCAUCUGGGCAAGUCGGUCUAAGCUAGGAACCUACCUACCCUGGACAAGCACUUCCAUCACCACCUGGGGACCCCAAUCAUCGUGACACGAAGUCCGGCUUCCAUUUGGUUCCCCCAUCCUCUUCCUCCUCUCACUACCACGCAUCAUACAGAAGAAAGAAUCUAGGCUUGGGAUUGCUACUCUGAAGCUUAUUGCACAAGAUAUCGUUGAUCUAUUUCCUAAAACUGGGCCCCCAGAGAAACAAGAAGUAGGAAGAAGUGGGAACAGGGAAGCAGGAGACGCUGACCAGUUGAAAGGAAACUCCAAAUCCUCUCUGGUUGAGGGUCUUAGUAACAGCAGGCAAAAUGACGAACCCAUCAGAACAUUCCUUGCCCGCCAACUCGAUGGCUGAGAGCCGUGAAGGGGAUUUUGGCUGCACAGUAAUGGACCUGAGGAAGCUCAUGGAGCUGCGUUCGAGUGAUGCACUGACCGAGAUCAAUGUCCGCUAUGGAGGUGUACAUAAUCUCUGCAGUAGACUGAAAACCUCCCCUGUGGAAGGUCUCUCUGGGAACCCUGCAGAUCUGGAGAAACGUAGGCAAGUGUUUGGACAGAACCUGAUCCCCCCAAAAAAGCCCAAGACCUUCUUAGAAUUAGUGUGGGAAGCCCUUCAAGAUGUCACACUCAUCAUCCUGGAGAUUGCAGCCAUCAUCUCCCUGGUCCUGUCCUUCUAUCGCCCCCCUGGUGAAGGAAGUGAACGGUGUGCUCAAGACGUAAGUAACCCAGAAGACGAGGGGGAAGCAGAAACUGGCUGGAUCGAGGGGGCAGCCAUCCUGUUCUCAGUGAUCAUCGUGGUGUUAGUGACUGCCUUUAAUGAUUGGAGCAAAGAGAAGCAAUUCCGGGGGCUGCAGAGCCGCAUUGAACAGGAGCAGAAAUUCUCCAUCAUCCGAAAUGGUCAGCUCAUCCAGCUCCCGGUGGCUGAGAUUGUGGUGGGUGACAUCGCCCAAAUCAAAUACGGUGACCUGCUGCCUGCAGAUGGGGUCCUGAUCCAGGGGAAUGAUCUGAAGAUUGACGAGAGCUCUCUGACAGGGGAAUCAGACCAUGUCAAGAAGUCCCUGGAGAAAGACCCCAUGUUGCUCUCAGGGACCCAUGUCAUGGAAGGUUCUGGCCGGAUGGUAGUGACUGCUGUGGGUAUCAACUCCCAGACCGGAAUCAUUUUUACCCUCUUGGGGGCCAGUGAGGAUGAGGAGGAGGAGAAAAAGAAGAAAGGUAAAAAACAAGGAGUCCCUGAAAAUCGCAACAAAGCUAAGACCCAGGAUGGAGUGGCCCUGGAAAUCCAGCCACUCAACAGCCAGGAGGGGAUCGACAAUGAGGAAAAGGAGAAGAAGGCAGUCAAGUUGCCCAAAAAGGAGAAGUCGGUGCUGCAGGGCAAGCUGACGCGCUUGGCUGUUCAGAUUGGGAAAGCCGGUCUCAUCAUGUCUGCUAUCACAGUUCUCAUCCUGAUUCUGUACUUUGUGAUUGACAACUUCGCGAUACAAGGCAGAACGUGGCUACCCGAGUGUACUCCCAUCUAUAUCCAGUACUUUGUCAAGUUCUUCAUCAUUGGCGUCACUGUACUGGUGGUGGCUGUGCCAGAGGGGCUGCCACUGGCUGUCACCAUCUCACUGGCCUACUCUGUGAAGAAAAUGAUGAAAGACAAUAACCUGGUGCGGCACUUGGAUGCCUGUGAGACAAUGGGCAAUGCCACGGCCAUCUGCUCUGAUAAGACAGGCACAUUGACCAUGAACCGCAUGACUGUAGUACAAGUGUUUAUGGGGGGCACCCGUUACCAUCAGGUCCCAAGUCCUGAUGUCUUCCCACCUAAGGUCCUGGACCUUAUUGUCAAUGGCAUUUCUAUCAACAGUGCUUAUACCUCCAAGGUUCUGCCUCCGGAGAAGGAGGGGGGCCUGCCGCGGCAGGUGGGCAACAAGACCGAGUGUGCUCUGCUGGGCUUUGUCACAGAACUGAAGCAGGAUUACCAGGCAGUGCGCAAUGAGGUCCCCGAGGAGAAGCUCUACAAGGUGUACACCUUCAACUCAGUGCGCAAGUCCAUGAGCACGGUCAUCAGGAAGCCCAGCGGAGGCUUCCGCAUGUACAGCAAGGGCGCCUCCGAGAUCAUCUUGCGCAAGUGUAAUCGAAUCCUGGACAGCAAAGGGGAUGUCAUGCCAUUCAAGAAUAAAGACCGAGAUGAUAUGGUACGCACUGUCAUUGAGCCCAUGGCCUGUGAGGGACUUCGGACUAUCUGCAUAGCUUACCGGGACUUUGAUGACACAGAGCCCUCGUGGGACAAUGAGAGUGAAAUCCUCACUGAACUGACCUGUAUUGCAGUGGUGGGCAUUGAGGACCCUGUGCGCCCAGAGGUACCAGAAGCUAUUGCCAAAUGCAAACGAGCUGGCAUUACUGUCAGAAUGGUGACAGGUGACAACGUCAACACAGCCCGGGCCAUUGCCACCAAAUGUGGCAUUCUGACACCUGGAGAUGACUUCCUGUGCUUAGAAGGCAAAGAAUUCAACCGACUCAUCCGCAACGAGAAGGGCGAGGUAGAGCAAGAAAAGCUGGACAAGAUCUGGCCUAAGCUUCGGGUCCUGGCGCGAUCUUCCCCCACUGACAAGCACACACUGGUGAAAGGCAUCAUUGACAGCACUAUUGGGGAACAGCGACAGGUGGUGGCUGUCACUGGUGAUGGCACAAAUGAUGGGCCUGCUCUGAAGAAAGCAGAUGUUGGCUUUGCCAUGGGUAUUGCAGGCACGGACGUAGCAAAGGAGGCGUCAGACAUCAUUCUAACAGACGACAACUUCACCAGCAUCGUGAAGGCAGUGAUGUGGGGACGGAACGUCUAUGACAGCAUCUCCAAGUUCCUGCAGUUCCAACUCACUGUCAAUGUGGUGGCUGUGAUCGUGGCCUUCACUGGAGCCUGCAUCACUCAGGAUUCCCCAUUGAAGGCUGUGCAGAUGUUGUGGGUUAAUCUAAUCAUGGACACUUUUGCUUCAUUGGCCCUGGCCACAGAGCCCCCUACGAAUUCUCUGUUGAAGCGUCGCCCCUAUGGCAGAAAUAAGCCCCUGAUCUCACGUACUAUGAUGAAGAACAUCUUGGGCCACUCGGUCUAUCAGCUCACUGUCAUCUUUUUCCUUGUCUUUGCCGGUGAGAAAUUCUUCGACAUUGAUAGUGGGAGGAAGGUACCUCUACAUUCACCACCCAGCCAGCACUAUACCAUUGUUUUCAACACCUUCGUGCUGAUGCAGCUCUUCAAUGAAAUUAACUCCCGAAAGAUCCAUGGAGAGAGGAAUGUCUUUGCAGGCAUCUACCAGAACCUCAUCUUCUGCUCUGUAGUCUUGGGCACAUUUGUCGGCCAGGUUCUCAUUGUGGAAUUUGGGGGAACACCCUUCAGCUGUACAAAGCUCAGCCUGUCCCAGUGGCUGUGGUGUCUCUUCAUUGGCAUUGGAGAACUUCUGUGGGGCCAGGUAAUCUCUGCAAUACCCACCCAAUCCCUGAAGUUCCUGAAGGAGGCUGGGCAUGGCACCACCAAAGAGGAGAUCACCAAGGAUGCUGAGGGCCUGGAUGAGAUUGACCAUGCAGAAAUGGAGCUGCGCCGAGGCCAGAUCCUCUGGUUCCGGGGCCUGAACCGUAUCCAGACUCAGAUCGACGUAAUUAACACAUUCCAGACGGGAGCCUCUUUUAAGGGAGUCCUAAGGCGACAGAACAUGGGUCACCACCAUGAUGUAAAACUUGUUCCUAGCUCAUCCUAUAUCAAAGUGGUCAAAGCAUUCCAUAGUUCCCUCCACGAAAGUAUUCAGAAACCCGGGAACCAAAACUCCAUCCACAACUUCAUGACCCACCCUGAGUUCUUCAUAGAUGAGGAGUUGCCACCACGAACACCACUCCUGGAUGAGCAAGAGGAAGGAAACCUUGACAAGGUUUUUAAGUCUGGGGGUAAGGUGCUCCCGUCAGAUGAUGAGGUCACUCCAUAUGCCAACAAAAACAACAAUGCAGUGGAGCACAGCCAGGUGCAAAUCGUGGCCUCCCACUCGGACAGCCCUCUGCACAGCCUGGAGACGUCGGUUUGAACUUUCAUUCUCGGACUCCCGUAUCUGCUUUCCCUGUUUUCUUUUUUAUCUAUUCCAUCUGUGAGGUGAUGAUGGGACUUUUCACUUUCAUGUCAGCUGCUCCCAAGUGUGCGCGAACCCCCACCUGACCAUGAAGAGGCAAGAGCACAGACCUACAAGGAUUUCGACUUAAACUUGACUUGGGGUUUGUAGCAGCACCAGUGAAACCCCAGGCAGGUCAUGGUAGACUCUACUCCUUGGGUAUAUCCAUUGUCAUUUUUAAAGGAAUGUCGACUAUCCUCUUGGCAUCACCCUAACCCUAAUUCUCCCCCAGUGUUUGUACAUAUGUCACCAUCUCCUGACCUCUGGAUUUUAUCCUGUGAGUCUGUGCCAUUUAUAUGUUAAGUUGAGGAUUCAGAGAGAGAGACAAAUAUCCCCAAAUGAAAUAUGUUGAGGUAGGGAUGGAAUGUAUAAAAUCAGCUGUUGAGUGAUUGUUUUUAAAAUAAUUUUUCCCAUUUUGAAAACUUAUACCUAAAGACCUCUAGCUCUUUCUGCCCUUUUGGUCAAAUCUCCCCAAAGUUCUUUUGGUCUUUAGUGACCCUUGUCUUCCUUUCCUUCACCCCUUUUUUUUUUUUUUUUUUUUUUUUUAAGUUGUGAUGAUUAAGAAAAUGGAAAGGACAUGUGUGAAUUGAGUAAACUGGCCAUUCUCCCUUUUGGCCCCAGUAGCACCUGGAUUAGUUCUACCAGCAGACAGGUUUCUUUGCUAAAAGUGUCCUUUUGAAGCAAUUAAGAGCUGGUAAAAAUGUUUCCUUGUUGUUGUCAGGUUACCUUCUACUUCUAAACUGCCAUCUUGUCAGGUAUGUGUGGUUUUUAAGUCCAGGGAGAUCAGCUUUGACCAUGAAGCUUGCGUUUGUGUGGGAUACAUUUUUACCAUAGGCCUGAGCUUUCUCCUAUUCCUAAAAUGUGUCAAAAGAGUGAAUUGGGUAUGACCCUGCCUCCUAGCUGGCCUUGGCUGUUAAGGACCAGAAGCUGGCAGGUCUAGGACAAGACUGACAAUCAAAGCAGACUCUUGUGGGGUCCCCCUCGGGGGGACCACUGCUUUCAAAGCCAUCCGCUGAGGCUCUUCCUGGGCAGCACCCGAUUGUUGGGAGGGGGUGAGUGUUGAGAAGUCUUGAGAGAGGCCUAAGAGCCAUUCUAGCAGGAUCUGAGAAAAUCUUCCUGCAAGGACCAGAAAUCUUGACUUUUAAGUGUUCCUUACUGGGACAGGGUGGAGCCAUGUUGCAGGAACUCCAUUCUUAUCCCUUCUGAUGUUGACUUAAGCUCUUGUGUGCAGGGGCUAAUUCAUGUCCCUGAUCCCCACCUUCCAUUACAUAAAUGAAGCCCACCCCCCUUUUUCUAGAGUAACAAGAGUAAGGAAAGGGGGUGGAGGCUCUUAUGAGCUGCCAAAUUGCCAUGUGUGAGAGGAAGGUGACCUGAACCUCUCCACUCCAGCCUUUUCUUCUCAAUCCCUCCACCCUCAGCCCUUUCACCCGAGCUGUCCAAGGUAGGAAGAGCAAAGACACAAACCCCUCCAUGUGGCAUGGCUGCAUAAUCCAUCAUUGUAGGACACAGCUAAACAAAUUUGAUUUUGGCUUUGCAAAAGGUACAUGCUUCGGAAUCUUUUUUCUGUCUUCAAUACUCACGGGGGGAAGAACAGCUCACCCAUACAUAUUUAUUAAGUACAUUGGAAGAUUUAAUUCUGUCAGAUCUUUUAUUACCUCAAGAUCAUUUUAAAAGCAAGCCAAUAACAAGCUCUGGAGGCUGUUUUGCCGUUCCUGUUCCCAGAAGACUAUCACGGUGCCUGGCACGUUACUCUUGAGGGAUUGUGUCUACUUUUUUAAAAGUCAACAGUUUUUUUGUGUUCCGUAGUAGGAGAGAAAAUAUAGACAUAUUAUGCAAAAACAUAUAGUUUUCUUGAGAUCAGAAACUAAUUUUGAGUCAGCCAUAUGUAUUUCGUUUAAAGGAUUUAACAUAAAGUGCCGUCUCGUAACCCUGUGGAAGGGAGAACAUGACCAGCUGUUUGACAUGACCAGUGACCUAGUAUGUUUGUAACUGGUUUUAAAACCAAUACACCAUACUUCCUUUCUCCAAACAGCCAUCUUUAUACUUAGGGGGGAAAAACUGUUGGGUUCUAGACUUUUUUAAUAUAAAUUUUGUUGAUAUGGAAUUGAAUAAGUUUAAGUGUUUAUGUGCAUGUGUUUUUUAUAUAACAUUUUUUCUAUUCAGUUUCAGUGAUCCAACCGGCAGUGAGUAAAUAUGGCAUAAGUUAAUAAUGCUUUUCCCCAAAAUGGUGCUUUUGAUUUGAAAAGUGUCUGAUGGGGAGAAGGAGAAAAUAUCAUCCUGGAUUCUUCUCUUGAUAAACCUAGAAAAACGGGUAGUAAACCACAGAUAGUAAGUAAAACAUCCAGCAAGAAGGGACACAGCUGUCAGGAAAUGAAUGUGUCCCUCCCCCUCCCCCUCCCCUGCCCCUCCCCUCCCCCUCCCCUGCCCCUCCCCUCCCCCAUGGAAAUAGAUUGCCAGGCUCUUCUGUAACUAAUGAUUAGAAUCAGAGGCCUUCAGUGCAUUUGUGUUUCGUGGAUAAAAGCUGGCAGAGUAUCAAAAAUGUUAAUAUCUCCUAGUCUGUAAGGAUUCUCUGAUUUGAGAUUUGCAUUUUCAAGGUUCUUUCACUUCCUGUUCUGCUUAGAGUUCUCCACUAGUGAGUUUUUGUGCGAGAAUCUGAUUUGUGACUCCUUCUUUCCCCUAGAAAGAUUUUGUGCAGUAUAUUAGUUGGGGAACAGAGCUCUAAACGGAAAAAACAAUGGCUGUUUCUAGCCCUGCGUGACAGUCUUGGGGAGAGAUCCUUCUCAUAGGUGUCUUCCAUCCUCUGAAGUGACUCUCCCAUCUCUAAAGGUGUUAACAGAGAGAUCAGCUAGAAAUCCCUCUGGACGCUUGUAGAUUCAUUAGGGUUUGGGUUUCUUCUUCCCUUUGAGCUUCAGAAGGGAGAGUUUACACAGUUAAAUCUGAGUGAUUACCCCAUUGCUGAAAACCCAGAGGGGUGUGGCAAACUCACAUGUGCCAUGUGCCGAACAGAAAAUCUCCAAAUGCAUUCCUUCCUUUCUUUCCUGCUUCCCUUGCCUUCGACUGAAGCAGCCCAUGCUACCAUCACAAUGUGCACAUGGCCUUGCCUUUCGUAUUGAGGGCCCCCCCCACUGCAUUGGUAGGGUGGCCACUUAUAAAUGCCUGCUAUUCUCAAGCCAUUCCAGCCUCUUCCUCAGAAUAGAUCAGACACCCUUCCAUUUAGUGCCAGUCCUUUUGUCUUCCCAACCCUGCUGUUAGGACUGCUGUCCCCCUUCCUCUUGAUUAGGAGAGAUGGAGGCAGAUGAGCUCCCUGUAACUGAAUUGGCCCCUGGUUUAUGUUUUCUCCCCAUAUGUAUAUAUGCCAUAUGUGAAUAUGCCAUAUAUAUGUGCCAACAAAUCUAUCUACAUUGUUCUUUUCAGAUCAGCACACACAUAGGAAUUUUAAGUUUCUUCUUUUUUUCAGUAACUAGUAUAACAAGCACUGGUAUUUUUGUACAAAAAGGAAAAACAAAAGAUUGACUAUUGUGGUCUGCAUGACAUAAACAAACAAAUGGUGAUAUCAAAGCAGUUACCCCAGUGUGUGUUGCCGUAAUUUACAAUUCAGCUUAACAGUGCACCCAAUCUGUAUUUGCAUUUUGAUAUUAUUUAAGCUCUGUGUACAAUGUUUUGCAUGUAUUUAUAUGGUUCUUAGAAAAAAAAUGCUAUAAACUGGCAAAUUUGAAAUGUAAAUGUAUUAUUCCACUGAGAUGGAAAGAAUAGGAGCUUUAAAAGGGAUAAUUUUUUGGAACCAAUAAAGCUUUUUGCUGAUGAGCAGAAACCAAUACUGCCGUGCACUGAGAAUAAAAGCCCAUGCCCACUUGUAA